UCUGCCGACACCUGCCGGGACUCUGCUCCGAGCGCCCCGCGUCACGGAAACACAGAAGGUCCUGGAGGAACGAGCAGUUUGGGAAACUACGGGCGUGGAAGACAUUUAUGUCCGUCUAUUAGCAGCAGAGCUGACGCGUUAUCGAGCGCGACGUUACUACAGCCUAGCCUAGCACAGGUAGCUGGAGCUAAUGCUUCGCUGACAUUCAGUGGCACCGUAACGUUAGCAGCUAAGCUAGUUAGCGUGUAGCUAUUCCAAAAAGCCGGGGGGCCAGGAUGCAAGAGGAUCAUUUGUGAGGAACGACCCCAUCCACGUGCCAUGUCUCUGGUUUUCCCUCGAGCCAACACCAACGCAGUCCACGGCAAGAAGGAUAAGAGACUGAUGGCGGAAGUGAACGCGUCGCCACUCAAACAUUUUGUCACUGCCAAGAAGAAGAUCAACGGCAUCUUCGAGCAGCUGGGGGCCUACAUCAAGGAGAGCGCCGCCUUCCUCGACGAUACUCACAAGAAUGAAGAUCUGGAUCCCGUCACCACGGAGGAGCAGGUCCAGGAGGCCCGGGGCUACCUGGCCAAGGUGGCCGGGAUCGGAGAAGUUCUGGCCCGCAGGCACAUGAAGGUGGUCUUCUUCGGGAGGACCAGCAACGGGAAGAGCUCCGUGAUCAACGCCAUGCUGUGUGACAAGGUGCUGCCGUCGGGAAUCGGACACACGACCAACUGCUUCCUGCGGGUGGAGGGCACCGACGGCAACGAGGCCUUCCUCCUCACCGAAGGCUCCGAGGAGCGGAAGAGCAUCGAGACGGUGAACCAGCUGGCCCACGCGCUGCACCAGGACGAGAACCUGGAGGCCGGCAGCCUGGUGUCCGUCAUGUGGCCCAAAGCCAAGUGUGCUCUGCUGAGGGACGACCUGGUGCUGCUGGACAGUCCAGGAAUUGACGUCACCACAGAACUGGACAGCUGGAUCGACAAGUUCUGCCUGGACGCCGACGUGUUUGUCCUGGUGGCCAACGCCGAGUCCACGCUGAUGCAGACGGAGAAGUCCUUCUUCCACAAGGUCAACGAGCGUCUCUCCAGACCCAACAUCUUCAUCCUCAACAACCGCUGGGACGCCUCGGCCUCCGAGCCCGAGUACAUGGAGGAGGUCCGCAGGCAGCACAUGGACCGCUGCACCACCUUCAUGGUGGAGGAGCUGGGCGUGGUGGACCGAGCCCAGGCCAGCGACCGCAUCUUCUUCGUCUCAGCCAAGGAAGUCCUCCAGGCUCGCGUGCAGAAGGCUCAAGGGAUGCCCGAAGCAGGUGGAGCUCUUGCUGAGGGGUUUCAGGCCCGAAUGUUUGAGUUCCAGAACUUCGAGAGGAGAUUCGAGGAGUGCAUCUCCCAGUCGGCCGUGAAGACCAAGUUCGAGCAGCACACCGUGAGGGCCAAGCAGAUCUCUGAGGCCCUGCGCCGCAUCAUGGACUCUGUUCAGCCUCACACUGCAACAGCUGGAUUGAUCUACUGCCUCGAGACCAAAGAGGACCGGCAGGACCGCCUGGAGUUCAUCGACCAGCAGCUGGACCUGCUGACCACGGACUGCAAGGCCAAGAUCAAGAAGAUCACGGAGGAGGUGGAGCGACAGGUGUCCAACGCCAUGUCGGAGGAGAUCCGGAAGCUCCACGUGUUGGUGGAGGACUACCGCAUGGACUUCCACCCGUCGCCCGUGGUGCUCAAGGUCUACAAGAACGAGCUCCAUCGGCACAUCGAGGACGGCCUGGGCAAGAACAUGUCUGAGAGAUGCUCCGCCUCCAUCAGCAGCUCGCUGCAGGCCACCCAGACCGACAUGAUCGACAGGCUGAAGCCCCUCCUGCCCGCCCCGGUCCGGGAGCAGGUGGACAAGCUGGUUCCCCGCCAGUGCUUCAGCCUCAGCUACGACCUGGCCUGUGACAAGCUGUGCAGCGACUUCCAGGAGGACGUGAGCUUCCACUUCUCCCUGGGCUGGACCAUGCUGGUCAACCGCUUCCUGGGGCCCAGGAACACCCGCAGGGUCCUGAUGGGCUUCAACGACCAGGUCCCCCGGCCCAUGGCCCUGACCCCGGUCAGCAGCAGCAUGCCUCCGUUCCCUCAGAGCUCCGUGACCCAGGAGGAGCUGAUGGUCUCCAUGGUUACCGGGCUCGCCUCCCUCACCUCCCGCACCUCCAUGGGGGUCCUGGUGGUGGGCGGCGUGGUGUGGAAGGCGGUGGGCUGGCGGCUCAUCGCCCUGUCGGUGGGUCUGUACGGACUGCUCUACAUCUACGAGCGGCUCACCUGGACCACCCGGGCCAAGGAGCGGGCCUUCAAGAGGCAGUUCGUGGACUACGCCAGCGAGAAGCUGCAGCUCAUCGUCAGCUACACGGGGUCCAACUGCAGCCACCAGGUCCAGCAGGAGUUGGCGGGUGUGUUUGUGCAGCUCUGCCAGCAGGUGGACGUGACCCGCCAGAACCUGGAGGACGAGAUCACCGGCAUGAACAGCAAGAUCGAGCUGCUGGACGGCCUGCAGAGCAAAGCCAAGCUGCUGAGGAACAAGGCCGGCUGGCUGGACAGCGAGCUCAACAUGUUCACCCAGCAGUACCUGCACCACAGCAAGUAGACCACCAGGGGGCGACGUGGGACAGCGGCUGAAGUUUCCCCUCCAGAUGAUGAGAGGAAACCCUCCACAGCGUUGUGUAAGAGGAGGACGAAGAGGAGGAAGAGGAGUUUACUGGGUGUUGUGUUAGUCCUGCAGACAAAACAAUAGGUGAACUAUUUAAUAAGCCACAACAUGAUUUAAAGGAAUUUAACCAGACCUGAACACCCCUUAGUGUAAGAGCCGGAGGUCUCCAGGAGGCUCAUCGAGCUGACCCCGUCAGAAGGUCUUGGUGACCCCGUCAGAAGGUCUUGGUGACCCCGUCAGAAGGUCUUGGUGACCCCGUCAGAAGGUCUUGGUGACCCCGUCAGAAGGUCUUGGUGACCCCGUCAGAAGGUCUUGGUCACCCUGUCAGAAGGUCUUGGUGACCCCGUCAGAAGGUCUUGGUCACCCUGUCAGAAGGUCUUCACGGGUUUGAUUCUCUUUUAUUUUAUUGAGUUGCACAGAAGACGAGGAACGAACUUCAACACCAGAACUUCAGUUUUAAAGCUCAGAGCUUCAAAUCUCUGGAGCCUCUGAGGUCUUUGAAGUAACACGGUAAGGACACGCGUGUGCCCGGUUGUUAGGACACUGAGGCCAUGGUUACACUGAAACAACCCCCCCCCCUCCCCACAGGAAUACAGGCCUAUUAAUACAGGUCACUGUUCAUUAAGGACCACAUUGAAGAGACACAUCAUCACGUGUUCACAAGCCGAUGAAAUGCACUUUACUCUGGUCUCGGUUCUGAGGCUUCAGUUACCAAACAUCGGUCUGGAGUUCGGAGGGAAUUUGUUCCGCUUACAACUUUAUUGUUCAUAUUUCCUUCCUCUCUCCUGACGAAGAGGUCGGGCCUCAGAAGGUCGGUGACCCUGAACCAGAUGUUCUGGUGUGAAGGCUUCCUCCUCGCGUGGCGGCGCUCCUCUUUAUCUUUGUGUUGCACUGAAAGCCGACGUACGUGACUUUAGUUACCGGGUAGAAUAGGAUGUGGGCGGCAGCUCGUCCACAUCACGCCUGAAGGGGAGGAGCUUGAAGUCGGAGCAGCUCCUCCCCUUGAAGUGACGCUCCGUGUCUAUAAAAUGUGUUUAUGAUGUAAUUUAAGAAUUUUGCCUUUUCAAUUGUAAACGAUGGAGAAAGUGCAUUGUGCAAACGUCUGGGUUGAUUGGGCCACGCUGUAAAUGAUAUACAUACAUAUAUAUAUAUAUAUAUAAAUACACACUGUUGGGGAGCAGGAGGCUGCCACACGUCUUUUAGAGUGAGAUAUGCACUUUAUCAAUUUGUUGCUUUUUGAGUUUCUUCCCUUUGUUUUUAGCGGCGUGCUUCAGGGCGGCGGCGGUACUGCAUGCAUACAUGUUGUAGUUGUUGAAAUGUUCAUAUGUAUGUAAGAAUGUUAACGAAUAAAGAUGACGUCAUGCAAGAGA